AAAGAGUGAGGAGAAGAGGACAUAUCUCUGCUCUCUCCCUCUCUUUCUCUCUCGUCCUCUGCAACACCAUGAACGCGAGAGCUCUUCUCUACUGUCCGAAUCUCCACUCUCUCUACACUCCCACUCGGCCUCCCGACUUGUCGUCUCGGACCCGGCCGCUACGACCCGAUCCGAUCUCGUUUCGGUUCCGGAUCGAGCCGCGGGAUAGGUCAGGCGUUUUUCGAGUCUCGGUUCGUAGCUCCCGCGAGAGACGGAGCGGGAAAGCUUAUGCAGAGCUAAUUAGUUCGCGAGAGAGACUGAAGAGAAACGGCGCCGUGUCGGGUCCGGAGAGCUCGGUGCCAUGGUGGGAACAGUUCCCCAAGCGCUGGGUUAUUGUGCUGCUCUGUUUUUCGGCUUUUCUUCUCUGCAAUAUGGACAGAGUGAACAUGAGCAUAGCAAUACUUCCCAUGUCGGCUGAGUUCGGUUGGAAUCCGGCAACGGUUGGUCUCAUACAGUCUUCGUUCUUCUGGGGUUACCUUCUCACCCAGAUAGCGGGUGGGAUAUGGGCAGACACUGUGGGGGGCAAAACGGUUUUAGGCUUCGGAGUCAUUUGGUGGUCCGUGGCCACUGUUCUCACUCCCAUUGCCGCUAAACUCGGCCUCCCGUUCUUGCUCGUUGUCCGUGCUUUCAUGGGCAUUGGAGAGGGUGUUGCAAUGCCUGCAAUGAACAAUAUACUGUCGAAAUGGGUGCCCGUGCAAGAGAGAAGCAGAUCUCUUGCGCUUGUUUACAGCGGAAUGUACCUUGGAUCUGUCACCGGUUUAGCUUUUUCGCCCUUCUUGAUUCAUCACUUUGGAUGGCCCUCUGUGUUUUACUCUUUUGGAUCUCUCGGGACUGUCUGGUUAACUCUAUGGCUAAACAAGGCAGAGAGUUCACCUAUUGAAGAUACAGAGUUGCUGCCGGAGGAAAGAAAGCUAAUUGCAGACAACAGUGUAUGCAAAGAGCCUGUGAAAACAAUUCCAUGGAGAUUGAUAUUAUCGAAACCGCCUGUGUGGGCUCUCAUCGGUUCUCACUUCUGUCACAACUGGGGAACAUUCAUUAUCUUGACAUGGAUGCCAACUUAUUAUCAUCAAGUGUUGAAGUUCAACCUUAUGGAAUCAGGGCUGCUUUCUGUAUUGCCAUGGCUGACAAUGGCGGUUUCUGCAAAUGCUGGAGGGUGGAUUGCUGAUACUCUUGUCAGCAAAGGUCUAUCCGUUACAACAGUCCGUAAGGUAAUGCAAACGAUUGGAUUUCUAGGCCCUGCUUUCUUCUUGACACAGCUGAAACAUGUCGAUUCUCCUGCAAUGGCUGUUCUCUGCAUGGCUUGCAGCCAGGGUACCGAUGCAUUCUCACAGUCAGGUCUCUACUCUAACCAUCAAGACAUAGCCCCUAGAUACUCUGGAGUGUUACUUGGUUUGUCGAACACAGCAGGAGUUCUUGCAGGAGUUCUUGGCACUGCAGCAACAGGUCACAUUCUACAACACGGUUCUUGGGAUGACGUGUUCAGUGUCUCAGUUGGCCUCUAUCUGGUCGGAACAGUCGUAUGGAAUCUUUUUUCAACCGGAGAAAAGAUCAUCGACUAAUCGUUCUUGAAACAGAUCUGAUUGUUCGUGAAGAAUUCAGCUCAAGCCUUGCAUUUUCAUGGCCUGGUGAUUCCUUUUCCACGGAAGAAUUCUGACAAGCUCUGGAAUUUUUUUGUUUUUUUUGUUUUCUUUCUUGAAUUCAGACAAAAAGAUAAGCUUUAACUAAGUAGAUGCAAAGAGUGUAUAUAUACAUGAUUCUAUUACAUACACCCCGUACACUUUCACCGUGUAUACAUGCAUGUUUCCACA